GACAAUGACAAUCAGAGAGAGAUGGAAUUAAAAGAUCAGCAACAGAAAGAGAUGGAGAAAGAAAAGAUGAUUAUGAGAGAAAGGGAGGAAGCAGGAAGAAGAAAGGAAGGGCAGAAAAAUAUUUUGGGGGAAAUUGAGGGACAGAAUGAACUGGAGAUAGAACAGGAGAGAGAGAUGGAAGAAAAGCAGGAAGUGAUUAAGGAAGCAGAGGAAGAGUACAGGGAAAGAGAAGAGAGAGGAAAGGAAGUAAGCAUGAAGAAACAUGUAGUAGUUAAUGUUAAAGCAAAAGCACGGGAAGUCUUCAAUAGGCGUAAAGAGAGGAGGUUAGAAGUGUUGAAGGGGGAACGAGAACACAUAGAAAGAGGACAACAAAUCAGGAGGGAGAAGGAGGAAAGACGGCUGGAGAUGGAAAGAAAACAGGAGAGGGCAAGACAACAAGAGGAGCAGGAUAAAAAACAAGAGAUUGAAAUUGCUAGACAGAAAGAAAUGUUGAGACUACGAGAGGAGGAGAGGCAGAGAGAGGAAGAGAGAGAGGAGGAGAGAAAGAAAGCCAUUAAAUGCCAUUUAUCUUUAAUCAGAGAGAGAGAAAAAAUAAUACAGGCAAAAAAAAGAGAGGAGAUGGUGGAAGAGGAAAGAAGGGAGAUCCUUGAGUACAAGAGGGGUGAGUUAGAGGAGGAAAAAGAAGAUGUCAAGGAGGACAUUCUCCCAUCCGAUAAAAGUAUCCGAAGGAGAGCCGUGGGCUGGGUGAAUAAAAAAUGGGAGAAGAGGAACCUCAGAAAGAUAGAGAGAACGUAUCAGAGAGAGGCUGAGGAGGGCCAUAAGAUCGUCCACAUAGGUAAGACCUGUUUUCCCUCUACUUAUGACAUUAUCCUCUUUAGUCUCCUCUACACACAUAAGUUCCACACCAGUCAUCAUGUUGCAUCAUUGUUUCAAUAUAAAACUACUGUCCAAAGAAUAUGUUAGCUGACAUGGCUCAUUGAGUGACUGACUGACAUAACAAGAAAAAUACUGCUGAUAACAACCACGUUUUUAAAUGGUACCUUGUGUCAUCUACUAGUCUAACUCUCAAGACUAAGUAGAGACCCAGAAAGAGUUCGUAAAAAACACACACAAAAACGUGUUUUGGGGGGAUCCGGGGGCUACUAGUGGCCAUGGGGCCCUAAGCGAUCACAUAUGCCCUGGCACUAUACAAAGAAUAGGUGCCAUUCUGGACUCAUGUUCAACUUAGGGCCAGGUCAAUUCGGGAUGGGAAUUAUUGCACUUUAUUGACAAAUUCCAUGCCUUGCUCAACUGAAAAGAGUAAAGAAUCAUUGAGAUCCAAUUGUGUUUUCUAUUCUUCAUUCCCUGUGUCCAUUACAUUUAAGUUGAUACCAGAUCCACUAAGAUGAAUGUGAACUCUACUUCUUCUCCCCUCCCAGCCAUCCCUGGACACACAAGGCUAACAUCCACCAUGACCCGGGCAGAGAGAGAGAGGGAGAAGAGGAAGGAGCUGCUGAAGGCUGAGGAGAGAAGGAAGAAGAUGGAGGAUUUCAAUAAGCAGUGGAGAGAGCGGUCCCUGCUUAAAAAACAGACUCAUCAACAACUGAAGGAGGAGAGGGAGAGGAUGAAGGAAAACUACCUGGAUCAGAUGAAUCUGGAGGCUGAUGCUCAAAUCAACACCCGGUGUCUAACCACCCAACACAGCCACGAUUACAACCACGGUCAGGAGUUGCCCGGGUGGGCCAAUGGCCAACAAGUAAGCCAAGAGCCCACUGGAUCUGCUGAUGGCCACCAGGAAAGGCCAAGGAGGCAACAGGCAUGGGCAGAGAACCAGGAGGGGAGUUCAGAGAACCAUCAGGGGGGGCCAGAGAACCAUCAGGGGGGGCCAGACAGCCAGCAGCUAGAAGCUCCAGAAGAGGUUGAAACAUCAGAGCGAAUAUCCAAGACAAAGAAAAAGCCAAGCAUCUGGAAGAAAAUUAGGAUGAGCAUUCUGCCUAGAGCUGGAACUCGAUGAAGCCACAGUUCCACUGAGGUUACGUUGGUAAUUAAAAGUGUCGCCCAAUAAUUCCUCCUCCUCUUUAAGUCAUCGAGCCACAUUUCCUCCUCAAAACAUUAUAGUCUCCUCAAGCCAGCAAGUAUCCUCUUUAUCAGGCAACAAACCAUCGAAGGUCAGUGACCCUCCUCCCAAGAACAGAGACUCUCAUCUGUAUCCUAGUUAAAUUCAUCUCUGCUUACCACCUCUACAGUCCUAGAAAAUAUCCCAAAAA